UUACGCAACAACCUCACAAAGCUAGAGCUCUUGCCUCUUGGUAGUUGGUAUUGGUAGUAACAACCCCCAACCUCAAGACAGAAACGAAACGAAAGCGAUAAAGAAUUGAAUCUCAUCAAUGGAAGUGGCAGUAGCAAGUCCCAGCCCUCCAGGGAGUCCAUCAAUGAUGGAUCACUUCGAUUUCAAUGGCGCAAGGAUCUCACCAUAUCUCAGUGCUCCUUCUUCGCCCCGCCGUUUCGGUGAAUACUAUAACUUGAGUGCUCCAACCAGCCCUUCCAGGCUUCGCGAGUUUUACUCCGAUUUCGAUUACUUCACCUCCGCCGCGCCUUCUCCGAGUCUCAACGGCGGCGCUGCUGAGCACGACGACGGUUUUGCGUUUUUUGUUAGCGGUGAGUCGGUGAAGUCCCCUCGCUCGGCGGAAGAGCUCUUCCACGGCGGGAAAAUCAAGCCUAUGAGGGUGGAUGAGUUAUUGGAAUCUUCUAGAAGCCCGCUCCUACAGCACCAACCGAAGCUGUCUCCGAUCGCGCAAGGGAAGAAGGCGAUCCGGGAGGCUCUGUCUCCUCGAAAGAAGAGGGAUUCCGGCAACGGCAACGGCAACGAGGCGUUUGAGGAGAGAAGGGGAAGAGAUCGGACACCCGCGGCGGUUUCUUCUUCGAGUCGGAGAGUGUCGCGGUCGCACUCUCCUUACAGAGUAUCCCACUACACGUGGGAAGAAGAGCUCCACCAUCAUCAGCAAUUACAACAAGUGCAGGGUAAUAGCAACAAGGAGGAUCUGAAAUCGGCGGCUUCUCUCUCUUCUUCUUCUUCCUCCUCUUCUUCGAAGAGCUCGAAGAGGUGGAGGUUGAGGGAUUUGUUGCUUUUCCGAAGCGCCUCGGAAGGGAGAGGUACCACCAAGGAUCCUUUCAGGAAGUACCCUCUUUUCUUCAAGAAGCCCGAAGAAACAGCGAAAGCUUCUUCUUCUUCUUCUUCUUCGAGCUUCAGAAAUUCUGAGAUGCCACCAAAGUCGAGAAGGAAAGAAGCAGUUUCGGCACAUGAGUUGCACUACGCUAGAAAGAAGGCUGAGUCUCAGGAUUUGAAGAAGAGAACCUUCUUGCCUUACAAACAGGGCAUUUUGGGCAGGUUGGCUGGUUUCGGAUCUCCAGCCAGAUAGAGAUAGAUACAUACAUACAUACAUACAUAGAUGCAUGCAUCAUGUUCUGAAAGAAUUGAAUUCUUUCUUUCUUUUUCUUCUUUAGUAUUCUUUUGUUUAAAUUUUAAUAUAUUGUUUUUUUUUUU